AUGCCUGGAAUGGAGAAUGUUACCAAUCUCGGUCUUCGAGUGGAGAAAUUCAAGAAAAAUUUCCUCAAGCAUUACCAGGCCAAAUUUCCAAUCUUGUUCCGUAUUUGUUUUGAUCCGAUAGGCACUCAUAAGAAAUCGCGUGCCUUCAUCGGUUUCUUGCUCGGAUUUUUUAUGGCUGUUCUUCUAUACGAAUGCAUUAUCGUCGAUCUGCAAUUCGACGCGUAUACCAGCGUGUGUCUUGGUGGUAUUUUAAUUACAAUGCUGUCAAUUGGAUGUGCUUUGUCGAUUCAGGUGAGGUGUAUUUCCAUCUUGACAAUACCAGCGUUUUUUGGCCGAGCAGGUCGAAGUAUGUUGAGAGCACUGAUUUUUGGAUACAUCAUUGCCGGACCAUUGUUUAAUUUAGUGUAUAACGCUAAGGAGGUGGUAAGGACAUUCGGCUGCACCACACAGUUGACGUACAACCUUACCAAGACAAGAUUUGAUUUAAUGUUCAAACCGUUUCAACAGGCGAUCCUUGCUAUGAAGGCGGAUGCAAAUGAGAUAAAAGACACGCUUUCUUCGGUGAGGGACUUAAUGAGCCCGAUUGUCGAAGAAGUGGAGGGGGAGGAAGAAAUGUUGCGAUUAAAGGAGGAAAACGAUUAUUUGGACGAGUUGCAAGGUGAUACAAAAAGAAGCAAGGAAAUGGAAGAGAAGCACGAGAAAAAAAUUGAAGAAGCCAAAUCAGAUGCAGAAAUAUUUGAAGCUAAAUAUAAGAAAAAAAUCGAAGCUCGAUGCGAAGAGCAACUUAGUCGAGGUGCAGGAAGAUGUAGGGACAUGUUCGGUAAUGCUUACGACAAGUGUUACGAAGCAGUGAGCGUAUUUGUUGCUUGGCUGUUGUGUUGGCCGAUGAAACUGACUUUCGUCUGUAAUCUGGUCCAAGCACUGGGUGGUUCUAGUAUCUGUGAUCCUGAAGGAAAGGUUGAUACUGGCAUCGGCGAAGGAUACAUCGCUUUGAAAAGUGCUCGGGACGAAUUCAGCCGGAGCUUAAAGGACGCGAAGCUGCAAUACAAAGUGAGGAAGCCGCCAGUGAUUUUGGAUCUUCAAGAUUCGGCGUAUGCUGCCAGAGCGGUAAUACACGAAUUCACAGUGCGAAGAAGAUUGUUCCAGUCCGUGAUGACUAUCGUAAAAAGAUGCUUGUCCUUCGUGUUUCUAAAAAUCAUUUUCGACGCUCAGAGAUACCACGACAAAUAUUUGUCUGAUAUUGAGUUCGACAAUAUAUAUGUGUCGCCCUAUUUUCGCAAGAUAGACGCAAGAAGAAGAGCACGUGGUAGUAUGACUCUGUUGCCGUUCAAGAAAAUCGAGAGGAGAAAGUUUGUUGAUCCUUAUAGCGUGAAACCGAGCAAAACCGAAAGGUCUCAUUUGACUGGACAGACAGUUAAAUUGCUUCUUGAGCUCAUCACGGCCAGUGUUUUCGUUAUUUUGGAUUGGUUAUUUUAUGAAGUAUUGGAUUUAAUCAGGAGACACGCUUAUAUGGAGUACACUCAGGCAGGUCACCAUGACCUAAGUUUGGAAAUUCGCGGAACGGGGGUGAUCGCAUCAUUGAUCAGAAACGCGAUUCGCGGUUUCAACGUGAAGAAACGAAUCAAAACCGUGGUUUCGAACAGCGCGUGCCUUCCUCGGCCCACGAAACUACCCGCUUACGUAAUCGUCAAGAUCUACGGUACCUUCAUCGCGGUUUUCCUCCUGAUCUUCGCGUCCAUCUACACUGAGAGAUUACGUCGUGGCAUUUGCUCGUUCUUUUAUCGAAGAAGAGAAAAAAGACGAGUAUUGUACCUCUAUAACGAGAGUUUACGGCGCAGGCUCUCGUACACCAAGUUUAUGAAGGCUAAGGUGAAGAAUAUGGUGAGAACGCGUCAUUUGGAGAACGAGGUGAAUUUCUGGUUGGCCGUGAGACUUAAAUGGCCGGAUCGUUUUGGAUGGCUCAAGUACUUCGCCUGUGCCAGAGAAAGAUGUUUAAUCUGCGGCGAUCCGGAGCCUAGAAAAGGGCCAAAGUACCGAGCAUGCACCUCUCCAGGCUGCCCCUUCUUGCAUUGCGUUGAAUGCUGGAGAGACGUAGGAAAGAUUUGCUAUGCUUGCACUGAAUUUUCCGAUACUGAAACGGAAGAGUACGACACCCAACGCAGUGACUUUUAGUCCAGUUAACCCGCUGUAGAACAAGCAAUGGAAUAAUUCGUACAAGUUGCCUAAAUACAACAUUAUUGAUAAACACAGUAACUCGCUCGACAUGUUUGAAAAAAUACUUGAGAUUCGCUUAUAUAAUCACAAUGUUGAAAUACAAGGACGUAAGCUAAGCAACAAAAAUUGCAAAUGAAAUGCAGAGUUAAUGCUACGUUGAUCUUUAAAGAAUUAAACACUUGUUGAAGAUUUAUAAAUGAAGACAUUAAUUAAUAAGUUUAAUUAUUGAAUUAUAUUAUAUGGAUGAUGGUACUGUAAUUAUAACCAUUCUUUAUUUGCGCACUAGGAUACUAGUUAUUGAAUAUGAAUACAUUAAUCCCUGAUUUAUGUCUUUUGGUAGCCACUUAAAUGAGCAUCUGUUACAACUUGUAUUUGUGAUUUGAGAAUUUAAAACAAGGAAACUUAAAUUUAUGCCAAAUCGAUUGAUUUUAUUCCAAUGCUUAACAUACGAUUAGGGAUUACGUAUUCUUUUGAAGAAAAUACAUACGAUAGGAUCAAUAUUACGCCUCGAGGUACCAAUGAUACUAGUCAAGAUUGUAGGUAGUAGUGGCUAGAAACAUUUUUCGGGAAACUAUGAUAUCAUCAGAGAUGGUAAGGCCAUCUCUACGUAUAAAUCUCACGUACCAAACUCGACAAGAAGUCUCAGAUUUCAUGAGGAAGAAACGAGAACUUAAAACGUGCAUUUACUAUGUUGGAUUUAUGAGGACUGUGAUGCUCGAACGGAAUACAAAACAUUCAAGAGCACAAAGUAGGAUCAUUCCUAGUUUUAUAAUACAAUGGUAUUAUUCGAGGAAUCUCGCAUCUCCAUUAAAUUUCCACGAAGCCAACGAUGUAUCAAGGUAACGUUAACAUAAGUAUAAUGAGUUGCAGACGCGGAGCGAUUUACGUCUGUUUCACAUAAUUCAAGGAAAGAUUGCGAUUGUGCGACGAAUCUACUUGAAUACGACAUGAGGUCUCGCAAAUUGGUUAAAUUCUAUUCACAUACACGAAGAGGCAAGAUGCCGUAUGUUGUUAUAAGGAGAAUUUAACGAUGAUUACUAUAAUUGGAACUCUAGUAUUUCAAUAUUUUCAUAUGGAGGACAUUUUCAAGAGGAACAAUAGAGGUACCGGUCACCUGUUGCAAGCUAAAAUCGAAUUUCAUCCACGUUAACAAGAAUUACUCGGUUCGUCGAACAUCGCAGCGCGCAAGAAAAUGAUCCUUCCGUGCGCAUUUUUCCUAAGAAAUUA